AUACAAGCAGUUCAGACAGAAGCCUUGUCAGGCUAGCUCCCAGGGGUGGUGCUAAAACAGACUUCAACUCCGUCGCUGCCCUGACAGCAGCGGGAUCUACAUAAUCGCUCAGGACGAUCCGAGUUCAUAAAGAUCAGCACUAUGACUGAUGGGGACUAUGACUAUCUGAUCAAACUCCUAGCCCUGGGGGAUUCUGGGGUUGGGAAGACAACAUUCCUUUACAGAUACACAGACAACAAAUUCAAUCCAAAAUUCAUCACAACAGUAGGAAUAGACUUUCGGGAAAAACGUGUGAUAUACCAUAGCAGAGGACCAAAUGGAUCUCCAGGAAAAGCCUUUAAGGUCCAUCUACAGCUUUGGGACACCGCUGGGCAGGAAAGAUUUCGAAGUCUCACCACAGCAUUUUUCAGAGAUGCCAUGGGCUUUUUAUUAAUGUUUGAUCUCACCAGUCAACAGAGCUUCUUAAAUGUCAGAAACUGGAUGAGUAACAUACCGUACUUUGAAACAAGUGCAGCUACUGGGCAAAAUGUGGAUAAAGCUGUGGAAAUGCUCCUGGACUUGAUAAUGAAGCGCAUGGAACAAUGCGUUGACAAGACACAAGUAUCUGACACAGCCAAUGGAGGAAGCUCGGGGAAGCUAGAUUCAGCAAAGCCAGAGGAGAAAAAGUGUGCCUGCUAGACUUCACCUCUAAACUGUGAGAACCAAUACGAAUAUUUGAUCUGAAAAUGGCUGAUUUACCACUAAAUUCAAAUCUAGCCAUGCACAGAAACAAAGCUGUCUUGUUUGGGUUUUUGUUCUUCUCCAGAGAACUGAGUUUUCAGAGAGGCUUCUGUGCUGGAACUAAUAUUCCUGAUAUGGCACCAUGGAAGAUCUAAAAGAGCCCUCACCCUUAUCUUAAUAAAAUCAGGCUAGAAAAUGUACAAGAUGUUCCCUCCUUCCUUGGAAGGAGAAACUAUUUUUGGGGAGGGGGAGGGGUAGGAUAAUUAAAUUGGAUAUUGUGACAAACUAAAAAGGGAGUACUUUGUUAGGUCUCUGUCUUAAUUGAAUCUUGCUUCUUUAUACUACUUUGUAUUUACAUCAGAGACCUUACAUGUGCUAAAAUGGAGAUAUGAGUAAAGAGAAUGUUAUGUGGUGUAUUACUUGCACAAAGCAAGCAAUGGUGUGACUGACUGACUAAUAAGCUAGUGUGUGAGGAGAAAGGGGUGGAGGCAAUUUUUUUUGUAAUAAAACCAAGGAAACAUGGAAAACUAUUUGUGUUGCUAGUAAAUAAUGAAGCAGGAUUUGGAGGGGGGUAGGGAGAAGAUACUCAAAUUCCACCACUACAUGGAAAAGUGGCAACACUUGCCGUUUGAGGCCAUGGUGUGUCUUGCAAAUUUCACCAUAAGCAAAAGCAGUCUUUGCUAGUCAGAAAAAUUCAGUGUUCGACACUGGAAAACAGACUGUGUGCAUCAGGUAGGGCAUGUGAGGGGAAUUGUGAAAAAGGUGUCACUGUCUAUAAAAGAGUUUCAAAAAUUGUAUAGCACUUACUGAUUCUCUAAGAAGUUAGUCAGUUGUUGACUGGGAACUCACCACCUGCCAUGAUUUUGUGAUGUUGCCAGUAUACUUUGCUUUCAAAUGAGCUCAAUUUUCGCAUAUACAAAAUAGACUAGAAAGUGACCCUCCUUGUGAAAUACUUCUGAGCGGAGAUUUGGAAUGCCAACAUAUUAAAUGUGAUCUAACACUAGAUAAAAUGUAUUGUAUUGUGUAGAGCCUAUAGAAGUGGGGUGGUGUGGCAGGUGAUUAGAGGGCACCACCAGUUGCAUUAAAAAGUAAAGGAGGAAGGUAAAAUGUGAAUUUUUUGUAUUGUUUCAGCAUCUCUGAGUGUGGCUGAGAGAAGGAAUGAGAGUUCUUCUACAACAGCAUGUCUGUCUGUGUGUGUGUCUCUCUCUCCUUCCUCACUGGCUUCUCUUUCAAAAGCAAAGAGUAUAAGAAGAUAUUUAGGGUUUACUUGUAUUAAAUAGGUAAGGGUCUAACAAUAUGUUCAAAGGGCUCCAUGAAUUUGUACUUCUAGACCCAUAUUUUUAAAAAUCACUCUAGGGAAAAAUGUUUCACAGAUGAGCUCUACCAAAGAGCAAAAGGAAAUUGGUUGGGUUGGGGGAGAUGGUGGAAGGGAGGUAGACUUCCUCUGCUUUAAAAUUAAAUCAAAUGUGAGGUUUUCAGUUUUAGUUUUUGAAGUACUGUGAUUUUGAACCAAUUAAGCUUACCAGGUAGCUAGUCCACAAACUAUCUUAUUUGAUAUUUUUUUGAAAAAUAUUGAGGGUUUACCAGCUGCUUUGGUGACUGAGCAGCACAUUUCCUGUGCAUCCCUCCUAAUGAUAUCUUAUUGAAAGAUUUGGUAUGUAGACAGGGCAGAUGGUCUGACAACAAGGGUAGCCAUUUUUGUAGGGUGAGUAACCAAAUAGCCACUAUAAACAAAUUGGAGGAAAACAAUCAGUUUGCUAAGUGUCUAAAUGAAGACAUGUCCUAUGCAGCAAGUUCUGAAAUACCUGCUGCCCUUUUGUAACCCAAAAGCACAUGUUACGCAUGAACUUCAGUGGCUGCAAGACAGCCACUGUUGUAAUUGGUAGCUCUUGCCUAGGCAAAGAAUAUAAAUAGUUGAAGUAGGCUGUUGAAACUUCAAGCACAGUCCCAAAAAAUUGAGGGAAAUGGAGUUAGUGGAGUUUCUCUUCCUUUUAAUACUAAACAAUACCAGAGCUUUGUUCCCCUAAGUCUGUGAUAAGGGUGGGAAUGGUUGUAACCUGGAAUUUCCUGCCUCAUCACUUUUUAAAAUCCUCAACCAUGUAGAAAAUACUUAAUUUACAGUAUGUGAUUUUUUUUUUCCCAUUCAAACAGGGUGAGGAGCCUAGUUCAGAGCUCACUUGUUUACUUUCAGUAUGAAUUCAUUUCCUAAAAUGACAUAAGCUGGUGUUCAGAGUCUAAAGUUGUUAGAGAAUUCUAAUGGCUGUUGCUAGCCUAGCAGAGCAGUGAGAUAGGGAGACUACUGCAUGCAAAGCUGUGAAGAGUUCAUACCCCCAAUUACAAAGCAGCCUAAGGGGGCGAUUCAGCAUCCAGUUAAGAGCUUUCCCGUUUUGGCCAGCACUCUAGAAAACAUUACUUUGGAUGACAUGAGGGCAAAAGCCACCUGCUCUACAGCAGGACCCUAUAGUUAAACUCCAUUGCCUGACAACUCCCAAGGGAAAGGACUGUCUCAGAACUGGUGUUCCCACUAAAUGUAACUGUUCUAAGACAUUCCACUGCUUGAAGGUUGAAUGUGUAACAAUCACAACUUGAAGGGUAGGCAGUUGAGUAUGGUAUAGUCUCUAUUGCCUUAAUGUAUUAGCUCAUCCAAAAAGCUCUCAUCAAUU